AUGUUGCGAACCGUCCUUGGCAGUGCCAGGAGGGCACCUUGCGCCUCAAUGCCAACGCGUCGGUGGUUUGCUGUCUCAGCAGCAACGUUCCGGCCAUCGCUCGACACUGUCGCCCCCACUACAACGACCAACCCGCCGCCCCCGCCGUCUGCUGCUACGCCAAAGAAAGCGGGCAAGGGAGAAGGCACGAUUGCGUCUGUCUUUGCCACGCUGUCCGGCGGCACGCUCGAAGACGCCCUGCCCGAUCGAUUCGCGACACUCAAGCAGUCGCUGGUCGAAUCGCCAGCGCACGCUGAGCACCUAGAACGCACGUGGCGCAGUGUGCUCGCUGCGCUCUCUGCGCGUGUCGAGGAAACGACGCGGUUGGGCGGGAGGUGUAUCCCUGAAGUCGAAUUCCCUGCCGGUGCCGAGGGUGCCGAGGGUGGUGGGGAGGUGGGGGGUGUGCACGAGUGGACAGAUGCAGCGACGUUCGAAGCGAUCAAGGACCGCGGAGUGGCCGUGAUCCGCAAUGUGAUCCCGCAGCAGCAGGUGCUGGCGUGGAAGGACGACAUCCGCGCCUACGCUCGCCACAACAACGCCAAGGGCUUUCCCGAAGACAACCCGCAGGUGUAUGAGCUCUACUGGACACGCGCGCAGCUCGCUGCUCGAUCGCACCCGAACCUGCUCACCACCAGCCAGCGCUUCCUGCAGCUCUUCCACCGCCCGGCACCCUCUGCCUCCCACACUUCCGAAGAAGAGGCCGACGUGGAAAGGGCAUGUUCGCUCGCGCACCCGCUGGCGUAUGUCGACCGGCUGCGCAUCCGGCAGCCAGGGGAUGCGCAGUUUGCGCUCGGUCCACACAUCGAUGGCGGCGGGGUGGAGAGGUGGGAGUGCGACCAGUUCCGCGCGCUCUGGCACCACAUUCUCGCCGACGGCGCACAAUGGGAAGCGCAUGAUCCAUGGUCCCUCGGUGCGCACGGGGAACGCAUGACAGCACGGACAGAUAUGUACGACGGGCCGGGGCAGUGCGGAGUGUUCCGGCCGCUGCAGGGGUGGCUCUCCAUGUCCUCAACCCGCGUGGGCGAGGGGACACUCAAAGUUCUGCCGUUCCUGCGCGAGUCAACAGCGUACAUCGUGCUGCGGCCGUUGUUCCGUGCACUCAAACCGCCCGCCUCCUGCGCCUCGCAAGCGGAAUACCUCGCACCAGACAACUGGACACUGGACCCCACUUCGCGCAGCUUCCCCGGCUGCUCGCUCGGCCACAACAUCGAACUCAGCGCCACAACCCACCCGCACCUGCACCUCGACCAGACCAUGGUCAGCAUCCCGCGUGUCGAGCCCGGCGACAUGGUCCUCUGGCACUGCGACGCGGUGCAUUCCGUCGAAGCCCGCCAUGCGGGACAGGCCGACAGCAGCGUCCUGUACAUCCCCGCCAUCCCCACGACAAAGGUCAACUGGCAGUAUGUCAUGCUCCAGCGCAAAUGCUUCGAGCGCGGUGUGCCCCCGCCCGAUUUCCCCGGCGGCACCGGCGAGAGCACGUUCCAGGGCAGAGCCACCCCAGACAUGGUCCAGGGCACGCAGGCCAGACUCAGCCUGGGCCUCGAGAGGUUUCCUCUCGCGCGAGGCGAGCCCCAGGCGGAGACCAGGCUGCUCGAGUGGUGCAAUGCUCAGCUUUGA